ACAAAUUCGGUUUUUUUGUUUGUUCACAAGGGGCUGGUUGUAAUUUCAAUAGACUUUUAAGUUACUUUUUCAUUUGAUUCAAGUUUGGGUUUGCUUUUGCAUUAUAAAUCAAGUUGUGAGUCACAUUUGACAAUUUUUCCUUCUUAGUUAUGUAUGAUCUGAUAUUUGCAGUGAUUUGUGUGGUAAAAAUUAUAUAUAUAGGCAACCAAAAAGUAGCGGCUAUAGGUUAUUCGUGCGUCGAUAUGGAUGACAACCUAUGCUCUAGCUCUUAAUGUCAAAACAGAUUUAACAUUUUUCAACCCUAAAGUACGAUGUUGAAUAUGAAACCUUCAUGUUGGAAGCAUUAAGGAUUUCAUUGAGGAUGGAAAACAGGUAAGAGAGGACAUAUGCUAUGAUAAGCUUCGACAAUUUGUAGUUGAUAGAUAUAGCACGAUAGUUGUUACUCAAGGAGUUCUCUGAAGUUUUACAAUGUUAAAUCGAAAAGCAAAGUUUUUCAAUGGUCCAUGGUUCUUGAUUAGAAAGUUUUUAUUUCAUUUUCUGGCUGUGAAGGGAACUUUAUGUGGACACGGUGUUAAUAGUGAAACAUAGGUUUUGUUUGGCUGUUUGUGAUGUUGUCGGCUUCCUGUAGUUAUAUAUGUGAGAGAUUGGUCAGUCUUUCUAUUUCUCUCUCCACAUCGUAAACUUCCCUCCAAAGAAAACUUAUCCCUUUUUUGGAUUGACCACAAACGAUGUCUCUGGAGUCUGCUUUCUCCAUGAGUUUCUACUCCUUCUCCAAAGCAAUCACCUUUAAGAGAGAAGCCUUAUCCUUUCACAGAAUCAUCACCUGUGGAGCAAAGGCAAUUACAGGAGAUGGUGAAGUUGAACCCCAGAAAAAGAUAAGGUCUAAUCUCAAGAGGGUUUACUACAAGAAUGAGGAAAUUGAGACCCAAGUUAAGUAUUCUACUCACAAUGGUAGCAGAGUAAUAGCAAGAAGACUAUCUAUUAUGGAUAGAAGCAAGGCCAUAGCAAAGCUGAAAUCAUUAGGAAAAGAAGUGAGAAACGCAGGCUAUGCUCCAGCGACAAAGACUAUAUAUGUUCUUCAUGACAUCGAUGAAGAAGCUAAAGAGAAAGCAUUGAUGCAUCACAUCAAACGGUUAGCUAUUGCUUUUGGGCUUAUAAACAUGAUUCCUGAGACGACGUUAAGAGUGAUGAAGAAUUUGAGGAUAUGUGGAGAUUGCCACAACUUCAUGAAGAUAUUAUCCAGCAUUGAAGAUAGAAAUACUAGAAAAUAUCUCAUUGUAAGAGAUAACAAGAGGUUUCAUCAUUUUAGAGUUGUUACUUGUUCUUCCCGGGAUUAUUGGUAG